ACGUUCGUGUAAAUGCCGGACGAUCAUAAAGGAUCUGCGUUGAACACCCUUAUUUAAAAGGACCGCACGGUCCACCAUGGCGGCGCAUGACCGAACAUUAAACUGUGAGGACUUUUCAAUGUUUCAGGAGGGACUUUGGAUUUUGGCCCACUCCACCACACAGAUCUCUAGAUCAGACAGAUUUCUGGAAUGUCGCUGGUGGCCAAUGAGGAGGUGCUGAAGCUGAUGCGUACUAUGGAUGAUCGCAUUGUCCACGCCCUGAACACCACCAUUCCUACGGUCUCAUUUUUGGGCAAAGUGGAUGCGACACAAACUUGCAAGGAACUGUAUAAUUCGAUGAUGGAGGCCCAUCUCAGCCGGGACAAAGCCAUCAAGGCGUGCAUCACGCACACAUCCGAAAUAGUGGGACAACUUCGCAAGGCAAGAGCAAAGGACAGUGCUGACAUGGCUGUCAUGAAAAAUCUCAGAAAGGAGCAGACCAAACUCAAGCUCAUGCAGUCCGAACUGAACGUCGAAGAAGUCGUUAACGAUAGAAGUCUGAAGGUUUUCAACGAAAGGUGCCGAAUUCAUUACACACCACCUCAGGUGAAAUGAGGCUUCGUUCCAUCUGAUGACUGAGACUGAUCCAGAAACCUUGACCAUACUGCCUGCAUCUUGGCUCCAGAAUGACUGCUCAGAUGUCUCCAUUGUUUUGCUCAUUCCUGUCAUUGAUUUGUCUUUAUAUGACCCACUUUCCAUCUACGAUCGCAUAUGAUUUGAUGACACAUCUUGUACAAAAAAAUGUACUGAAAUGUUUUCAAAAACAAUCCUAGUGCGUGUGCGUGUGAUAAUGCAUAUUAUCAAAGGUGCCACCAGAGUGCAGUCACUGAUCAACACAAGUUUUGAAAUAUUCUACUGUUACUGAGCUCCUCCUACCCCAGUGAUUCCCAACCAGUGUUCAUAGUCGAGUACGAGUGUUCAGUGACAGCUCAUGUGCCAUGGAAAAGUUUCCAGUAUCACUUAAAUUGACAGAAUAUUAUUUUUCAUUGGCAUGAUGGAUGAUUGCUUACCACAUUACUACCUCACAGUUCUGAGGUCCUGGGUUCAAAUCCCGUUUCCCUAUGUGAAAUUCGUAUGUUGUCAACAUACCUGCAUGGUUUUUCCUCUGUCCUACCACACUCCAAAAAUAUGCAUUGUAGGGUAAUUGGAGACAAAUUGUCCAUAGGUGCUAAUCAUUGUUUAUAUGUUGCCUAUGUUUGACUGGUGACCGGUCCAUGGUUUACCUGUCUCCCCCAAAGCCAGCCCACAACUCUAGUGAGGAUAAGAUCUUUAGAGGAUGGGUGGGUGGAUUAUUCUUCCUGGAUCACAAAUGUGUCUUUGUUCAGCGAUCUACACCAGUCACACAGUGAUACGCAGAACAAUUGAAUGCCUGUCCGUUCGUUAAAUGGCAGAAGAUGCCCACUUAGCUACCUGUUGCAAGUCAACAACAGAAUAAUACAAGUUCCUCCCAGUAAAUCAGCUGUAUGUUUAAACAGAGCCAGAUUUCACACAGAGUGAGUACAUUUGUAAAUUAAAGUAUUUUAGUGC